AUUUAUUGGUUGUUGACUGGGAUGUCUCAAAAUUAGUUGUUGCGUUACAUGUUUUGGUGCAGAAGUUUUAUCUGUCCGGGAAGAAGGGUUUUGACUUUUGUAAAUAGAAGUCUCUUUGUUCAGUGUUCUCCGUUAUGUGGAAGUUUCAAUCGACGGUCCGAGAACCUAUGGAUUUGCAGAAUUCUUAGUAAAUUGUCACCAAGUGACAAAAUGCUCCUGUAUCAAGAAUUAUCCAAGUGCAUCACAGAGAAACCGGACUCCUCAGUGAGUACACAACAAGUUGAGGUAGCCCAUUUGACAUAUGCGCAGCUUAAGUGCAGUGAGUCUACGAGGAAGGGCAGAAUAUGCAUCGUAUCUUAGUUUUUAUAGGUAACUGUCUCCCGUUCAUAGGAUUUGGUUUCCUGGAUAAUGCAAUUAUGAUAGUAGCUGGGGAGUAUAUUGACGUGCAGUUUGCAACAUUCUUGGGCAUUUCGACAAUGGCUGGUACCUAUAUUUCUGAUAAUUUUCAUGUUUCUAGCUGCCGGUCUAGGAAAUCUUGUUUCCGAUCUUUUUGGCAUAGGGUGAGUUUGUAAUCACAUCUGAUUUGGAUGCGUCCCUGAACUCAGCUUUCAGUAUGCAUCCAGUAUCUGGGUUCAUUUAACUCGUAAAUUAGUUUUACAAUUAGUGAAAAUUUUGACUUUUCUCCCUCUAAACCAGUAAAAAUAUCCCUUUGUUUUAGGCACUAAAAGUUUGGCUACGAUUCAAUGAAACAGAUCGAUUGCAACUAAUCUGAGUUGUUUUAAAAAUGUUAGAAUGAGUUUAUUGUGCUAGUUUUUUUUCUUUGGCUAGAAACACACCUCGUUGUAUUUUCUCAACUCAAGCUACGGACGGCUGUAACCCGCCUUCACGUUUUGUAUCUGAACAGUGUCAGUCAUUUAGGCUGGAGAUAGUUCAGGUAAUUCGAGGACACAAGUAUCUUGCUGGAUUUAAAUAAAAAACUAGUAUCUGUUAUCUUGAGCAUUUCUCCUUUUAAAACCACCGGAUUUAUUUUCACGAAUGGGUCUUGUAAGUCUCAAGUUAUUGCUGAAAAAUCAACAUGCCUAGAAAAAUGAUGAGUUCGACUUCAAAGUUGAUCGUUAACUUAAGUAUUUUUAUGGUUUUCAGACACUUUUGAUGCAUUAUUUCCACUUAGCAAUGUGUCACUAACGUAGUGUUAUCAUACUGUUAUGUGUUGUACAAUUUCUUAGGAUACAUGUCAUUAUAUCAAUUUGCAAGAAAUAUAAAAUCUCGGUGUUAAGACUGCUAGCCCUUAACUAACGCGUCUAACUACUAAUGCAUUUUAAGGCUUUUCUGGGAUUGUGAAUAAAGGACAGGGGCCUGUAAACCUGAAAAAGUCUUGACUUAUUCACACGAAUCAGUCAUGUCAAUUGAGUUUCAUCGAUCAAAUGAACUACUUAAACCUAAAUGUGGUGGUUAAUUCCAACCCUGUAAACAAAUACGGUUUGUGAUAGGUGGUUUUAAGAGCCUAUUUAUAACUCACAUUUUAACUCGUCUGUUGAAUACCAAAAAUAACUUUUCGAUUUAUUAUAUUGUAGAUAAAUACGUAUUUUCAUUAAAUUAUUGGCAGCUAAAAUUCAGAGGAUGUUACUACUGGUAAACAUUUCAAUUGGAUGAUAUCUGAACUGUUUUUAUAAUUUAUAAGGGCUUUUACCGUAAUUUAUUUAUGUAGUAUAUUUCUAAAGUAUGAGUGUAUUUUAGUUCUCUCCAAAAUCACCACAGAUAGGCUUUUUCUUUUUAGAUGUAGCAACAAAACACAAGUCAUUUAUAAACUUAUUAUAUUAUUUGUGAGUCUAGUUUAGACCCAUUUAAUUCAAUAACAUUUGAGUAAAAGAGGAAAAUGUUUCCACUAUUAUAUUAGGCUCGUCGGCUACGUUGAAAAGUUCAUGGAAAAAAUUGGCAUUUCUGUUCCCCCAUUGUCUGCAUCCCAACUAGCCAGCAGUUCAGUUCGUUGGUCUAUAGCAAUAGGACGGAUCGUCGGCAUUACUACUGGUUGUCUUCUAGGUUUAUUGCCUCUUGUUUUGUUCAGUUGGUGAAAGCUAAAAAGAUUAACCAAGGGUUCAGUCCAACUUUCCGGGUUCUUUACCUCUACAAUAGCAGUGUUUUUAAUUAACCAGAUGUAUCUUGAUUUCUUCCUUAGCAUAAAUCUACAGAUCUUUAUAAGUCGUGACAGUGAAUUUGUAACUCUAGUGCAAACGCUUUCCAAAAGUAUAUUUUCAUACUAACCAGCCAUUUAAAACAGCAUCACAGCUCUGCAGAACGAUUUUUCGUUUCAAAAUUAAUGUAAUACCCAACAUCUGAUUUCGUAUAAUUUUUUAUUCCGUUAUCUGGAUCGAUGUUUUACUGAUCUAAUCAUAUUACAAGUAUGCAGAUAAUAUUUCCAAACUGCUGAACUGUUUAAAAGAAGUCUCAUAUCAUAAAUGCCUUUGAAGACACUUGAGCGCCAAUCUCAACUAUACCGUGUGGUAAAUAUGAUUCUCUAAAUGUAUUAGGAUUACAUAAUUAAUAUCCUAAUAAUCCUUCAUCCUUAGUUUAUAAUUUACUACUUUAUUUUUAAUUUCUAUGUAAAAUACCUAGCUUUCAUCAAAAUAAAUGUAUUUUUACUAA